CAUAAGAAAAAGCAGGAAGGAUUUCACAAAUGCUGCUUCAGUUGUACAAUCUGUCCUAAAGAAACUUACUUGAACAGUACAGGUAAUGCCUAUAAGUGCAUGAAAUGCAAGGAGACAGAGUGGUCUCCACCUGGAAGUACAUCGUGCUUUGAACGGAAGCAGGAGUAUGUCCCAUUCAAUGAUCCCGGGGCUAUAGGUGUCAUGGUUGGAACCUUGAUCUUACUGAUCUUCAUUGCGGCCAUUUCUGUUCUCUUUGCCCUCAACUACAACACACCUGUUGUCAAAUCUGCCGGAGGUCCAAUGUGCUUUCUAAUUUUAGGAUGCCUCAGCCUGUGCAGCAUUAGUGUGUUUUUUUACUUCGGUGAGCCCAGAGUCACGUUUUGUGUUUUAAGGUUUGUUCCAUUUCUGUUGUUCUAUACGGUUUGUCUGGCGUGUUUUGCUGUGCGCUCAUUUCAAAUUGUUUGUAUUUUCAAAAUAUCAGCCAAGUUCCCAAAUAUCUCUAGAGUUUGGACUAAAUAUCAUGCACACUGGAUAUUCAUUGCUGCUGCAUCUUUCCUCCAGGCCAUUUUACUCAUCACCCAUUUUUCUCUUGACCCCCCAAAACAAUUUAAAGAUACAUUUUACUCAGACAGAUUUAUACUAGGUUGUGAUUUUGACAAAACUCUUAAUGACUCACUUAUCUCAAUUAUUUUAGCCUUUAUAUUGAUUCUUCUUAGCUUUUGUUUCUCAUAUACAGGAAAGAACCUUCCAAAAAAUUACAAUGAAGCUAAAGCAAUAACCUUUUGUAUGUUUCUGCUGAUCCUCAUCUGGAUAAGCUUUGCUACUUUCAUCAAAUUAUUUCAUGGAAAGUCGAUUAAUGUUAUUAAUGCUUCAGCCGUACUCUUAAGUCUGUAUUCUUAUUUACUGGGGUAUUUUUUUCCAAAAUGUUACAUAAUCCUUUUUAAACCUGAGAAAAACACUGAGCAAUACUUCCAAGAUCUCAUUCAGUGUUAUACCAGAUCAGCCAGUAGUUUUUAAAUACACAACUCUGAAAGGUUGUUGACAAUGGCUGAUGGCUUUAAGCCUUCAUAGUACCUCUUACUUUAUAAUUUAGAGUUUUUUCUAGAAUAUUAUAAACUGAUGUUCACCUUUUGGUCGAUCCGGGUUAAGGACUGGCACAAGGAGAUCUAGAUUCAGUCCUUCUUGUGGCCAAAAUAUUGAUCAUUGACAUGAAUAUCAAUGGCUUGAGAAACCCAUCCCCUAUUGUCUUCCAAAUAGUAUCCAGGGGUUGCAAAAAGGCCAAAGUCCCAUAGACUUCCAUGGAGAAAUAGACUGUUAUUUCCCAGUCAUUCUAUUUGCCAGAA